AUGCAGUUUUCUCUUACAUCUAUGAUCCUUUCUUUCGCCGUCCUGGGCGUCUCUUGCAGCCCGAGGACCUCUACGCCUAGUGGGUGCCUGAGUGUCAGGGCCUCUGGGGCGUCCUCAGGCGAGUACGCGUCACUAGGAGCGGCCGUCGCCGCUCUUGGGAUUGGAAGCACCUCGUCGACAGCCUGCAUUUUUAUGUACCCCGGCACCUACGAGGAGCAAGUCGUCAUCAAUGCUUACAAGGGCGCUUUGACGCUCUACGGGUAUUCGACCGACACCUCUUCCUAUGCUGAAAACCAGGUCACCAUCAAGCAUUCUGAGAAUUCCACAGUUGCGGGAAGCGAUGAGGCCAGCUCCACUGUCGACGCCAGGGGCACCAACUUCAAAAUGUACAAUAUCGAUGUUGUAAACUCAUUUGUGGGAAGCCAAGCAAUUGCAUUUACCAGUCGUGGCGAUCAGCAGAGCUUCUACGGGUGCGGGUUCUACGGAUACCAAGAUACGCUAUUUGCUCACUCUGGAAACCAAUACUACAAGAAGUGCUUGAUUCAAGGGGCUGUCGAUUACAUCUUUGGUGAUGCCUCGGCUUGGUUUGAGCAAUGUACGAUCAGAUCCACUGCAGGAGGCGCCAUCACGGCCAUGCAUCGCGCCACCACUUCAGAAACAACCUGGUACGUCAUUAACAACUCGACGAUCGAAGCCGCCGCCGGAUACACUGCUACUAGCGGCGUCUAUCUUGGUCGACCCUGGGGUGUUGAUGCCCGCGUUAUCUACCAGUACUGCUCUUUAUCCAACAUCAUCAAUGCCCAUGGCUGGAACACAAUGGCUCCAUCUGCCACACCGAUCCCGUGGUUAAGAACUUUCAUGGAGUACAGCAACAGCGGAGCUGGUGCAACGACCACGGCCCGCCAGUUUGAAACUAAAGCAACAGCUGCUGUUGGCCUGUCUGAUCUUUUCCCUGCAGGUUCAGCUUGGAUUGAUCACACGUACUGA